UGUUGUGAAGUCAUGGAGAGCUGCUGGGAGGUCCCCACCUUCCUUGGAGAGCCAGUUGACUUGGAUAUUUCCUGGUGUGGCGCAGGAAGGAAAAUUCAUGCUGAAACCAGAUAGUGAUGCCAUAUCCAGCAAUGGCCAACAUUGUGGUGAAGACAAUCUGGCAGUCCAAGGAAAUAAAUGAGGCUGGAGACACGCCAACAGGGACGGAGGGCCGUCCUCAGGGAAACAAGGAGCAGCUGGGAAAGUCUAGCGGUGCCAAAGGCUUCCCCAAAAAGAAGAAAGCCGUCUCUUUCCAUGGGUGGGAACCCUGGGAAGGGAGGGGGUGGAGUGUUACUGAGCCCCUUUUGACGGAUGAAAUCCCCAAUCUCAACCUGAAGCGAUCUUCUGCCUGCACCAAUGUUUCACUCCUGAACCUGAUUGAUGGGGAACGUGAUGAUUCCACCACUGAGAAUGAAUCUACAGAUGAUGGAGGUCCUUCAGGGGGAGCAGGUGGUGAGAGAAGGGAUCCCCUGCUUCCUAUCAAGUCUACUUGGUCUGAAGAUGAAGAGGACAUCUCCAGCCAACAGGAAGCGAGCAAUAGCGGCCUCUUGAGAGCCAAGGACUCUAUCACCAGCCUCAAGGAGAGAACAUCCAAAGUCAACCACCAUGUUCAGAAUCUGAAGAGUGAGUGCACGGUGUUGUGUGAAAACCUGGAGCGGCGCAGGCAGGAGGCUGAGGACCUGGAGGAAUAUUGCUCUCAGCUCAAGGAGAGCUGCAGAAAGGUGACGAAAUCAGUAGAGGAUGCUGAAGUUAAGACCAAUGUGCUGAAGAAAAACUCAGCACUCCUCGAGGAGAAGCUGCGUUUCUUACAGCGGCAGGUUCAGGCGGAGGACCUGGGCCGGCAGGAGCGCGAAUGGCAGGAGCCGGAACAGCGAAUGACCUCUGGGGUGUCCAAACAGCUCCUGGACCUAAUUAACAGCACGACAGCGACAGCCCUGAGGCCCUCCAGCUCUGAGGAGGGUGAACUCCAACAGUCCACCGCCAUUAUCCUUGCCGCCAUCAACAGCUUGCGAGGGGCACUGGAGAGCGGGCACUUACGAGGAGGGCCAGGGUAUGAAGGGAGUAUUGAUGGAAAACUGAGCACAGCCUCUGCUUUGGCUUGUGUUUCUCUGCUGGAAGAGAUCAGGAAAUGUGUGCCGGAGCUACCUGGGCAGUCUCAGCGGGAUGGCCUGACCCAGAAGGAGGUGCUGCGAAUACUGGCCCAGUUGGGUGUCCGUCUGGAGGAGGUCCUUCCACAAUGGGAGAGGACACACCUGGAGCACAGCCAGUCACUCCGCUUGCUGCGUGAGGAGCUGGAUGAGGUCUCUGCUAUGACAAAGCAGACAUCAGCGUCCCUCACCCAGCUCCGUGCUGACCUAGAUGGGCUACUGCAAGCGAAACCACUCCUGGAAGAUGUGUCUCGGCAUCUCUCCAUGCUCAAGCACCUUGAGACACCCGAGAGACCUCCCACCAGCUGUGCCAGAUGUUCCAGGUGCCUAUAUCAGAAACAAGCUGGGGCUGAAGAAUAUCAGCCAUCUUUGGGCUUUGUGAAUACAGAGAUAUUGCGACAGAUGGUUGAAUAUGCUGUGGCACCGAUCUUGGAGGAACUGAAGCAGAGAGCCAUCCCUCCAGCCAUGUGCUCUGGCUGCCAGCAUUUGCAGAAGAUGAUAAUGGAACUAGAGCAGUCAAACUUGGAUACUCACACUCGAGCAGAGGCACCAAAAUCAAACAUACGUCUGGCCCAAGAGGAAGCCUUGAGAACAAGGAACUAUCUGGAGCGGGCAAGAAUCAGCACAGAGGAUAAGGCCACCCACCUGGAUCUGUAUCUACAGAACAAGCUGAGCUCCCUCCACUCUCAGCUGUCCCUUGUCUCCCAGGAAGGAGUACCCCAGUCCCCGGCAACCUCCAUAGCUGCUACUGGUACCCUCAACAAGCGGAGCUCUUGUCCCGCUGAACUAAAUCAUCACCCCCAAUAAAAGAGAGAGAGAGAGAGAUGAGAGAUGGCCGUGAUGUGGUACUUGUUGCCUUUCCUUUAGAAAACCAUAGGGUGGUUCCCGAAGGAAGGCCUCCACACCUGAACAGAAAGGUUACAAGGAAAAGGGAGAGUUUGACUGCGUCAGACUAGGACUCGGUCAAGCCUCCUCUUGUCAGCCCUGACUAGCCGCAGUUCUCCCACAUUUCAGGCAGAAUGCUGUCCUAGUCCUACUUGGAGGUCCAUGUUCAGACCCGACAGCUUCCCUUCCAAGUAGAUUUUGAGACAAUAUCAGUAUGUCCGGAUAGAACACUUGUUUUAGGGGGAAACAAGUAACAUUUACUCAUGAUUUCAAAUACCUUCUAGGAUAGAUUUAAGGGAAGUUUUGCUUAUUUUUCUAAUUUUUUUAAUGUGUAUUUUUAUAAGUUUACAAGUGCAGGCAUGUAACUGUAAAUAAAAAAGUAAGUGGGUAAUGCAGCACUAUAAAAGUGGCAAUUAGCAGAUUAAAACCAAAUCCAAGUUCUGGGAGUUGGCUCUUAAGAUAGAAGCCACUAAGAACUGGCAGUACAGUUUACUUGCCAAGGCAGGCUAGAACUUAUCCCUUCUGGGACAGUUGAUCAUGUUCCACACACACACCAGAAACUAUAGCUUAUGCAGGGAGGAAAGCACAGACUGAGAGCCAAAAAACAGCUUUCUCACCUUUCUCUAGAGUGGUUCCCAACCUUGGGUCCACAGAUGUUCCUAGACUACAACUCCCAGCAAUCCUAGCAAGC